AUGGCCUCGCCUCGAUCCCUCCUCGUAGGCUUAGUCCUCAUCGCCGAUACGCUAGCUUCAACCUGCUGGCGCAACGCAACAUGUACCCAUCCGACAGAAGCCUCGUUCCCAGGUCCCUGGGAUGCGAACAUCUACGCCCCAGACUCUCGCACCGCUCGACCGAAGUCUGUGCUAUCCCUCUCAACAGGCAAUGUUAUCAGCGAAUUCCCAGGUACUUCGACCCUCAAGGGCAAUGGCUCGGCCUUGGUCUUCGACUUUGGCGUCCUUGUCGGAGGCAUCACGACCGUAAACUACACCCUCACCGGUGACGCCCCAGUAGUUCUCGGUCUCGCCUGGACAGAAGCAAAGAACUGGAUCGGCGAGUACUCCGACAACUCCAACGGCAACUACCGCGGGCCAAACCAAACGCUCAUCAGCGUCGACGGCGCCCUCUUCCACAACAUCACCACCCCAGGCGAAGGCUCCUACACCGUCCCCUUUCCUCAACUCCGCGGCGGCUUUCGCUACCUCACGCUCUACCUCAUGACGAACUCUACCUCAAACUCGACCACCACGCCGAGUCUGUCCAUAGACGACAUCUCCCUCGAGAUAGUCUUCCAACCGACCUGGUCCAACCUCCGCGCCUACCAGGGCUACUUCCACUCCUCCUCCGACCUCCUCAACAAGAUCUGGUACUCGGGCGCCUACACCCUGCAGACCAACGCCGCGCCCCCGGAAACAGGCCGCGUCCUCACCGAGGCGGUCUGGAACGGCUCCUGGUUCAACGACGCCUGGCUCGGCGUCGGCUCCUCCCUCCUCCUCGACGGCGCCAAGCGCGACCGCUGGAUCUGGCCCGGCGACAUGGGCGUCGCCGUCCCCUCCGCCUUCGUCUCCACCGGCGACCUCGAGAGCGCGAAGAACGCCAUCCAGACCAUGUUCAACUUCCAGCAGCCCUCCGGCAUCUUCCCCCGCGCGGGUCCGCCCUACCUCGACGCCACCAGCGACACGUAUCACAUGUGGACCAUGAUCGGGGCCUACAACUACGUCCUCUUCUCCGGUGACCUGGACUGGUUGAGCGGGAACUGGGCCACGUACCUGAAGGCGAUGGACUACAUCUACGCGAAGAUCAUCCCGGAGACGGGAAUUCUCAACGCGACGGCCACAGGCGACUGGGCUCGGUACAUCAACUCGAUGAACGGGAGCGCCCCGAACAUGCUCCUCUACCGCACCCUCACCACCGGUGCUUUCCUCGCAGACCUCGCGCCCUCAAAUUCAACCACCAAUCUGACUUCAACAUGGCUCUCCCGCGCAGAGACUCUCAAAACCGCAAUCAAAACCCACCUCUGGGACGCCGAAAAGGGCGCCUUCAUCGACGGCUACAAAAACCGCACCCUCUACCCGCAAGACGCAAACAGCUACGCCAUAGCCUUCGGCGUCGUCCCCCCCACCUCCCCCGAAGCCUCCUCCAUCUCCCGCGUCCUCACCGAGAACUGGACCCCGAUCGGCCCCGCCUCCCCCGAACUCCCCGGCAACGUCUCCCCCUUCAUCACCAGCGUCGAGCUCGAGGCGCACUUCGUCGCCGGCCGCCCCGACCGCGCCUUCCGCCUCAUCCGCGACAGCUGGGGCUGGUACCUCGCCCACCCCAACGGCACGCAGUCCACCGUCAUCGAGGGCUACCUCGUCGACGGCUCCUUCGGGUACCGCAGCGCCCGCGGCUACACGGACGACCCGAGCUACGUCUCCCACGCCCACGGCUGGAGCUCCGGGCCGACCAGCACGUUGACGGAGUACCUCGUCGGGCUCCGCGUCACGCGGCCCGCGGGCGCGGAGUGGAGCCUCAAGCCCGUCUUCGGGGAGCUCGACGCCGCGCAGGCCGGGUUCACGACCAAGCUGGGCAGGUUCAGCGCCAGGUGGGAGGUCGAGGGCGGCGUCGCGACGGUGGAGUGGGAUGUGCCGGAGGGGAGGAGGGGAUGGGUGGAGUUCGAGGGCGAGGGGAGAUGGGUUGGCGGCGGGAAGGGGAGGGAGGUAUGCCGAGUUGGAGGAGGGUCGACUAGCCGGCCAUGA